CUUACCUGUCGCUAGACGUGUUUUUCCCCAAGGAAAGGAAAACCCGCGUGCUCCGUCUCGCUCCCUCCUCUGCGUACCUGUGUGUGUGGAGUGCCUGCUCCGAGCAAGUGUGUGUGCGUGUUUCAGUGUAUAUUCAAUUAAUUACAAAGGCAAAAGAAGCAGCUAUGUGAAUUGAAUGAAAGAAAGCCACUUAAAAAGUAUGCAAAAAAGUUGCGUGAUACAAAAGGCAAGGGGUGAAGCAGAAGAAGAAGCACAAGCGGCAGUGUAAAUGGUGAUUAAUUCACUUUAAAGGUGCAAUUAAACAGCAGCAAAGAAAGCAACAACAACAACAACGAGAGGAGCAGCAGAAGCAGCGCAAGGUGCAGACAAGAUUGGAUGAAUCUCUAACGUCAUGGUAUGAAGGAGCCGACGAACACUUUGGAUGAAAUUGUGCCCAGCAGGCUGACGUCAGCCGAACUGAGGGCGAUGGCAUUGAGACAGCAGCAGCAAAUCGACAGCCAGCACCAGCUGCUGGCCACCAAGGAGCAGCGCCUGCGCUUCCUCAAGUCGCAGGAGGUGCGCAGCGCAGUGGCCAGCGCGGAGGGCGAGCGGCUCCGCCGGCUGAGGGAGCGGGUGGAGGCCCAGGAGUCCAAGCUGCGCCGCCUGCGAGCGCUGCGGGGUCAAGUGGACCUGCAGAAGACCUACAAUGUCACACUGAGCAAUGACUUGGACUCGAUUCGAGCGCUGUUCAGCGAAAAGGAGAAGGAGCUCAGUCUGGCGGUGGCCAAGGUGGAGGCUCUCACCCGGCAGCUGGAGGAGCUGCGACGUGACCGUCGCUGUCCGGUGAAUAUCCUGGCAGCAGCGGCGGGCAACGGAGUGGGCCAGGCCCUGCCCCCUCAGGCGUCCCGGGAGCUGGAGAAGCUGCGCCGCGAACUGAUGUACCGCAAUCAGUUGUCGCUGCAGCAGGAUGCACGGCUGCACAUGCAACGUGAGGCACUGCAGCAACGGCAGGCGGAGCUCCGGUCGGUGGACCAGCGCAUCUACGAGCUGCAGACGCGCCUGCAGCGCAAAAAGCAGGCCAACACCCAUCACCAGCAGCAGCAGCAACAUCAGCAACAUCAGCAGCAGCAACAGCAACAGCCGACGGUGCAACAGCAGCAGCAACAGCAACAAUUGCAUGUGCAAUCUGCUCAACUACUGGCAGCAGCGACUGCCCAACAGCAACAGCAGACAUUGGCCUUCCAGCAACCUGCUAACAGUGUGGCCAAACACGGCGGAGUGGCCGCCUUGAAGCAGCAGCUGUUGCAGAAGCAGGUGAAUCAACUGGCAGCUGCUGCCGCCGCCGCUGCCGCAGGAAGAGCUCGCGGGAAUGUGGCCGCCGUGGAGCCAUUCAUCCACACGCCCCAGAAGUCCACCAUCACGAGCACGGCCAGCUAUCUGAGCGGCGGGAUGAAGCAUGCAGCGGCCACGGCCAACACCAAUCAGCAGAACCAGCUCAUCCAGGACCUGACGCACAUGAAGCUGGCCCAGAACAACGGAUUCUUUGCGGGAUCUGUGCCCGUGCCCGUGGGCAGUGCCAGUUCCAGCAGCGAAAGCGACGAGUCCAAGUUGGCCAAGAAGAAGACGGAGGCUGAGCUGCGCAAGCAGGCGCAAACGGAGGCCAUGGACAGUACGACGCAUAUCUAUGCGGAAGUGGGACCCAAGAAGAGGGAUCGCGAAGCAGCAGCAGCGGCGGCGGCGGCAGCAGCAGCAGCUCAGGCAGCUGCAGAGGCAGCAACAGCAGCAGCAGCGGCAUCCACAACAACAUCUCCGCCCGCCUCCACGAAUGCCAGUAAAAUCCCCAAGAGCAUUUCCUCCAGCAGUUCCGCCUCCGCCCUGAUAAACAAACUCAACCAGCAGGCGAUAACCAAGGAUAACCAGCAGCAGGAUCAGCAGGCCAAGAAGAACGAGAUUUCGGUGACCAGCGAAACUCUCUCCGAACGCAACACCCAGCAGCAGCUCACCGUGCACAGCAUGCCACUGGGGGCCAUAAGCAAAUCGGUGGCCCUGGCCGUCUCGAAUGCCUCCAAGCCGCUCCAGGUGCAGGUGAGCAAUCUGGCGGUGCCGCCACGCAAGCCCAUUAGCAGUGUGGCGCCCACAUCCGUCGGCGGCAGCGGCGCCGGUAGCUCCAUACCCAAAAUGAUCACCUACAGCCCCAAGGUGAACCGCGUGGCGCCCAAUGUGGUGAUGACCGAUCCCCGACCCGCCCUGCCGCCCAAGCCCAGCAAGAUGUCGCCCACCGAGCAGCCCUCGCCAGUGGAGGCCAGUUCAUCGGGUUCGGGAACAGGAACGGGAUCCACGGGAGGAUCGGGAGGAGGAGCUGCGCCUGCUGCCAAGACACAGACGGCCACCUUUGGCCUGCAAUCGCUGAACAUCAACGACAAUUUGCCCAUCAAGGCCAAGCCCCUGACCAUCCGCAAGCAGCCACUGUUCGAGCAGCCUCGCCUCAAGUCCAGCCAAUCCAGCUCCAAUGGCCAACAGAAGCCGCCGGCGCCUCUGCAGCAAAAUCAGCGAAAAUCCGAGCUGGCAGUUAGACAGCCAGCGGACAGCCAGCAGGACAACUCAUCGCAGCACUCGCCGAGCAGUGAAUCCAGUGCGGAUGAAACGGAUCGCAUGGCGGUGGCCACAUCGCACAUCCCAGCCAGUCAGCAGGAGACUUCAACAGCCACAUCUUCAGUGACAACAACAACAGCCUCCACGACAACCAGCAACAUCAAGGAGCGAACUGGGGGCAAUGGAAAACCCAAGCUGGCGAGAAGAGUGAGCUUUGAUCCCCUGGCCCUCCUGUUGGACGCCAGUCUGGAGGGGGAACUGGAGCUGGUGAAGAAGACGGCCAUGCAAGUGGCCAAUCCCAGUGCGGCCAACGAUGAGGGGAUUACAGCGCUCCACAAUGCCAUCUGUGCCGGCCACUUUGACAUUGUCAAAUUCCUCGUUGAGUUUGGCUGCGAUGUGAAUGCCCAGGACUCGGAUGGCUGGACGCCACUGCAUUGUGCCGCCAGCUGCAACAAUCUGUCGAUGGUCAAGUUCCUGGUGGAGAGCGGCGCCUGCCUGUUUGCCUCCACGUUGUCGGAUCACGAGACGCCGGCGGAGAAGUGCGAGGAGGAUGAGGAGGGCUUCGAUGGCUGUUCCGAGUAUUUGUACAGCAUCCAGGAGAAGCUGGGCAUCCUGCACAAUGGCGACGUAUAUGCGGUGUUCUCCUAUGAGGCCCAGAACGGCGAUGAACUCUCCUUCCACGUGAACGAGCCCCUGAUCGUACUGCGCAAGGGCGACGAUGCCGAGAACGAGUGGUGGUGGGCACGGAAUGCCGGCGGCGAGGAGGGCUACGUGCCCCGCAAUCUCCUGGGGCUGUACCCACGUGUGCCGCCGCAUUCGCCGCACUUCAGCGAUUAGCAGUUAAUACGCUUCACCAUACUGAAGCGCAAGGCCGGCCGACUCAUCCAGAAGCGCUACAUAUCCAAGUACAUCUAGGGAACGCCUAGCCGAUUCUGGGCACGUGCCACCGCAGGAGUCAUCGGGGAAUUAUUUAUCACGGCCCCAUGUUUCUUUCUGUUUACUUUUUGUUUGGGAAAAGCAACACAAAGGACGAGGAGCGAGGAGCAGGAGGAGAAGGAGGAGCCCACCAUAUGCUCAUCCAUAUGGAAUGGAACCGACUGCAGCCAGCAACAGCAUCAGUAGCACCAGCAGCUUCCGCCUGAGUCAUUUAUCCCGACGACUGGCCUCAAUUAGCCCGGCGCUUUCGCACAAAGUUCAGCACACCACUCGCACAUAUCACCCACAUAUCGCCCAUAUACCAUAUGUACCACCCAGCCCCCCUGCAUACGUACAACCGCAAAUUGAAUUUCACUUAAGCCCCUUAGCUUUAAGGCCUAGACUUAUAACUCAUAUCAGCCGCCUGCUCGCCACAAAAACUUCACCUUCAAGUUUCUGCAAUGAAAAAAGUUCAAAUUGGAAAAUGGAUAAUUAGAAACUAGAAAUUCCUGGACGCCCGCACACAGGAUGUUUCUUCUACGGCUAGCCGAAGGAGUUUGUUAAUUGCAUAUAUCAAGUUAGUACUUAAACUUUAAUUGAACUCGAACAAAGUUCACACACAAAUCGAAAGGAAAAACAUUUUAACACAGAUAACAAAACUGACACAAGGAGAAUACAUAACGAAUCGAACGUGAUUUUUGUAUAAAGACGAGAAUAAUUUAAACAAUUUGUAUCGAAUAUGAAAAUGUAAAUUCAUUGACAAGUAAUCGCAUUAUAGGAUAUACAUUCUAAUUUAACUUAAUUUAAUUACACCUAAUGUACCGAUUGCUUAAUACCUAGCGUUUAAGGACAACACACACAUUAAAAUGCAAAAUACGUUUGAAAAAUGAAAAUAAAACGAUUAAGAAAGCUUA